GCCAAGCUCCCCCCCUCCCGGGUGUGAACUCGCUCAAACAGCUGGUCCCUGAAGUCCGGAGGAGCUCUUAAACUAACUUUUCCGGGCUGCUGUCCAGUUUCACGGCGAGACCGCUCGUUUGUUUUCGGGCUUCAUGAUCGCAGAUCCACAGGUGGUGUCAAACAUGUCGCUAGCGGACCAGCUGUGGUGUCCCACCAGCGUCCAGGUAACGGUGCUCCAAGCCAGAGGGCUCAGGGUGAAAGGGAAGAGCGGCACCAAUGACGCAUACGCGCUCAUGCAAGUCGGGAAGGAGAAGUUCCAGACAUCAGUGGUGGAGAAAACCGUAGCUCCGGUGUGGAAGGAGGAGGCCACCUUCGAGCUGCCGCCGGUGCUGCAGGCAGGCGGAGGAGGACCGGAGCGCUGCAUGCUGCACGUCCACGUCCAGCACCGAGCCCUGGUGGGUCCAGACAAGCAGCUGGGACAGGCUGCCAUCAACCUGCUGCAGCUGAGCGAGGACACAACCCGCAACAAGACACAGUGGUUUAAGUUACUGGACAAGACUGGCAAAGCAGACAAAGACCGAGGAGAGGUUCUUCUGGACAUCCAGUUCAUGAAAAACGACAUGACCGCCAGCAUGUUUGACCUUUCUACGGCAGGAAAAUCCCGCUCACGUCUGGGAAAGUUCAAGGACAAAGUCCGUGGCAAGAAAAAGGAAUCCGAGCCUCCUGUUGUGCCAUCUUUAACUCAGAUUCUGACGGACAGUGAGGAGGAGGAGGAGGCAGCAAAUGGGGAUGCUGAGGGGAAGGGCAAGGACAAAAAGUCAAAGAAACUCAAGAUGAAGUCAUUAUUUGCUCCCAAGUCCAACCUGCAGAGGAAUAUGUCUCAGUCCAUGUCAGUUCUGCCUGCCAAAAACUCCCCUCUGAGUGGGAGCCAGUCAUCUGGGCUGAAUGUGGAGGCCUCCGAAGGUAAAAAGAAGUUCAAGUUCUCGAUGCAUAAACGCUCUGGUAGCUCAAGCAACAAAAAUGUGCUCUCUGGUAGUCAAAAGCAAACUCCUGCAGAGCAGAGCAACCUGUGCAUCAACGGGAGUCACGUUUACUGUGAAGAACCGCUGCCCCGAACGUCCCGCAUCGGCUCCAAUUUCAGCCUGGCGAGUUCAGGUCACGGGUCGAUGGAGGACGUUCCCGAAAGCUCUCCGCCUUCUGGAGAUUCACUCGAAGCAGUGAAGGAGUACUCUCCAUGGAUGGAGGAGGGAGAGGAGGAUGAAGGUGAAGAUCAACAUGGAAGGGAUGGUGUGGAUGAGUCAAAUGAGGAAGAGGAAGAAAUGAUUAAAAUGGAAGAGAAGAGGAGAGAAGAGGAGGCGUUAAGGAGACAACAAGAGGAGAUGGAGAGGUUGGCUGAAGAGAAGCUCAGACGAGAGGAAGAGGAAAGAAUAAAAAUUCAAAGAGAAGAAGAGAGGAAAAGAGAGGAAGAGAAGAAAAGGGAAAAGGAGCUGGAGAACAUGAGAAGACGAGAAGAAGAGAGAGCGGCUGAGGAAGAGAGGGUUAAAAGGGAGGAAGAAGAGAGAAUUCGGGAAGAGAAGUUGAAACAAGAGGAGGAGAGACAGAAAAGGGACAAAGAGCAGAAAAUACUGGAACAAAAGAUGAGACUUGAGAAAGAAAGAGAACUUCAAGAAGAAAUGAUUAGGAGGGAGGAAGAGAAGGCUCUAGAGAAGAAGAGGCAAGAAGAAGAGUACAAGUUAGCGGAGGAAAAUAGAUUGAAAGAAGAAAGUAUUAGAAGGGAGGAAGAAAGGGCUGAGGAGGAGAGAAGGCAACAAGAGGAGCUUAUGAAAAAACUGGAGGAAGAGAAGGCAAGGAGAGAAAGGGAAGAAUAUGAGAGGUUAGAAGAAAGGAGAAUGGAAGAAGAAAAAAUUAGACAGGUGGAGAAGGAAAGGAUAGAGGAAGAGAAAAGAACAAGAGAGCGGGAGGAGAGGAGGAAAAAAGAGGAAGAGAUGCUGAGAAGGCAAGAGCUACAGAGAUUAGCAGAGGAGAAGUUGAGACAAGAGGAAGAAGAAAGAAGGGUUAAAGCGGAGAAGGCAGAAAGGGAGGCAGAGGAGGAACUGAGACGAGAGGAAGAGGAGAGAAUUAAAAAGGAACAGAUUAAGAGAGAUGAGGAGAAAAGGAGAGAGGAGGAAGAGGAGAUAAUUAAAAAGAAACAGAUAAAGAGAGAUGAGGAGAAAAGGAGAGAGGAGGAGGAGGAAGAGGAGAGGGCAAGAAAGGAAAAGGAAGAAAACGAAAGAGCAGAGGAGAUGAGACGUAAGGAAGAGGAAAAAAGGAGAAAGGAGGAAGAGGAAAGGAUUAAGAUGGAGAGAGCUGAAAGAGAAAGGAUAGAGGAAUCAAGGAAGCUGGAGAAGGAAAUAAAAAUAGAUCAAGAACAAAGAGCUGCAGAGAAAACAUCCCAAAAACCCAAACCUGCAGAGAUCGCCUCCAACCAGUUUGAGGACUUCUCUCCUCCUGAACCUCACGGCCUCACGGAUAAAGAUGAAACUGUUCUGAGAUGUCAGCCGGAGGUGUCGUCAGCAAGGAGCGGCGCCGUUUCUGCUGAUGAAACGGACCUGAUUAAAACCCAGUGGGAAAAGAGACUGGCUCCUCAGCCUCCGGGAAGGAAUCCAUCAGAGACGCAGAGACAGAACGAGGACGAUACACGACAUCUGUCAGGAGUUAACAAGCAAAGUAAAGAAAAAGACAUCAAAACUGUCAGCGUUCCUCCUCAGCGCUCGAUGCAGAUGAUCACCCCGCUGAAUAGGUCUCCCGAAGAUGUAGAGAACGUCCCGAGUGAGCCGCAGAACAACCACGCUAAAGCAACCAAACACGGCAAACGUCCUGCUCCAUCCAGACCUCCUCCUGGUGGAGACGAGCCGCCAUCUAAACCUCGCAGAGAUGUGUCGCAGACGAAACGAGUGGGAACUCCUCAGAGCUUAAACCCGUUUGAGGAUGAUGAGCUCACAGAUGAUGCAACGACUCACGGGCCUCCUGCUGGGUCACAAACUGCAAACAAAGACGAUGCUUCUCAGGCAAAAAUCAAAUCCUCAAAGGUGGCUCGAGCUCCUGCACCUCCGGCUCUAAGUGAAGCUCAAUAUGAUAAAGGCGACACACAGCCAAGGGUCAAAGGUCAUGUGCAGGCCCAGGAGAGUUCAUACAAGGAAACUGAGCAGAAUGAGAUGGUGGCAGGUGUGAAGGAGGAGGGGCCUCCUGUAAAGUCACGCAGACGUCUAACAGUAAAGCCUCUUAAUCCUCUGGAGCAACAGCAGCCCACCUCACUUGUUCAGGAGGAAAAUUGCAGAUCCACUGGAUCGGUCCACACUGGAGAUCAGUGCAACUCAAAGGUCGAGGCAGUGAUCACAGGUCCGUACUCUCAGCUGACUCAGGAGGAACUGAUCUCCAUGGUGCUGAAACAGGAGAAGCAGCUCUCCGAGAGGGAAAAAAAGAUAUCGGAGCUGGAGCGGUACAUUGACAACCUGUUGGUGCGUGUCAUCGAGGAGCAGCCGAGUAUCCUCAUGUCUUUGAGCUCUCUAAAGUAGGCUUCCCGAAGUAGAUCUACAGCCCACACUUUAGUGGUCUGACGGUAUUCACUACAUUUUCUCAUCAAAACUUCACUUUCAAACUCUGAACUCAUCAGAAGAGGUCCGGAGUCUGUGAAGGAGUUUGGAUGUUGAGAUGGACGAAUCUACAACCGAAUCAAAGAGUAAAGAUGAAAAUGAAUGACGAUUGAGCUGCUUUUAGUUUAAUAAAUAACGUGAUGGUCCUAAACUAUCUGUAUUUGUGAGUCCAUGGCUUUAUUGUGCAGCAUAAAGUUGUCAAGCUUGUUAUAUUUGUAUCUGAGGAUUACGGUCAAACUUUGCACUCAUACAAUUUGAUGUCAACUGUUGAUUCUGAUUCUAAAAUGCACUUUAAUCAUUUUUCACUAAUUACAUGAUGAACAUGAUUUUACUGUACUGACUUUACUGAUUCAACUGCUUUAUUUGUUUAAUAAAAUGAAAUAAACUAA